CGGCGGCGCUAGCGAGCGGCCGGCCGGGCGCGGGUUGCUGGGUGCGCUGCUCCGGCGGGGCCCGCUUGUACAGCUGCCUCGUGCGAGCCGCCCGCCCGGCGGGUGAAGCUGCGAGCGCUCCGAGUGCCGGUCCCGGGGCCGCCAGCGCUGCCCUCCAGCCGCCGCCCUCCGUGCCUCCUUCGGGCGGCCCCGCCCCCGUUCCCAUCCCCCUCGCGCUCACCUCCUGGCUGUGCAGCGCGCGAGGCGGAGCAAGUUGCCCGCCGCCGCCGCCGCCGCGCUGGGCGAGAGCCUGCACCCGCGCCGCCGCUGACAGGAGGACCGCCGAGGGCUGCGCUAGCCGCCGGGCCGCGCCUUUCCCGGACGCAGACCCACAGCGGGCGUCGGAGCGCAGCGAGGUGCUCUGGGAUCGCGGGCGGCGCCGGCGGGCGGCGCGGUUCUCACAGGAGACCCCGGGGACUCGGGCUUGACCCCGAGGUGCAGCGAAACCCUCUCAGAGCGGCAGUUUUGUGAAUACUAGAAUAGCACAACCAUGUUUCGGAAUAGUCUCAAGAUGCUUCUUACUGGAGGGAAAUCAAGUCGUAAGAAUAGAUCAAGUGAUGGAGGGAACGAGGAAGCACCGGAUCGAAGACAGUCAAGUGUAGACUCUCGCCAAAGCCGCUCUGGGCAAGGUGGCAUCUCCACAGAAAGCGACUGUGCUUUUGAGCCAGACUACGCCGUCCCACCACUUCCAGUGAGUGAAGGUAUGCAGCACAUUCGGAUUAUGGAGGGCAUGUCUCGCUCUCUUCCAUCCUCCCCCUUACUCACACAUCAGUCUAUCAGUGUUCGGCUCCAACCUGUGAAGAAGUUAACUGCCCCUCUGAGGAAGGCAAAGUUUGUUGAGAGCCCACGAAUUCCAGAAUCCGAGCUUGGCUCACCAACCCUCACUUCAGCUCAGAAACUGGACGUGGAUGCAUACUGCCCUGGUGAUGCUGAACAAGAACUUGGUCCCCCUCCAUCUGUAGAUGAGGCAGCAAACACACUCAUGACUCGUCUGGGUUUCCUCCUUGGAGAGAAAGUCACGGAAGUUCAGCCAGGUGACCAAUACAACAUGGAAGUACAGGAUGAAAAUCAGACCUCAGCAAUCACCCAGAGGAUAAGUCCCUGUUCCACCUUGACUAGCAGCACUGCCUCUCCACCAGCCAGUAGCCCCUGCUCUACUCUCCCGCAAGUCAGUACAAAUGCAACUGCCAAGGAUAGCAGCUAUGGGGCUGUCACUAGUCCAACCUCCACCCUUGAAAGCAGAGAUAGCGGUAUCAUUGCUACCUUGACAAGCUAUUCUGAAAACAUGGAACGCACAAAAUACGUUGGGGAAAGCAGUAAAGAAUUAGGAUCUGGAGGAAACAUAAAGCCUUGGCAGUCUCAAAAAUCCAGCAUGGAUUCCUGUUUAUAUCGAGUAGAUGAAAACAUGACGGCUUCCACCUAUAGUCUGAAUAAGAUCCCAGAGAGGAAUUUGGAAACAGUUUUAUCACAGUCAGUACAGUCUAUUCCUCUUUAUCUUAUGCCACGGCCAAAUUCAGUAGCAGCCACAAGCUCCACCCACUUGGAGGACCUCGCUUACCUGGAUGAGCAGAGACAUACACCUUUGAGAACUUCUCUUCGAAUGCCAAGACAGAGCAUGGCCGGUGCUCGCACACAACAGGAUUUGAGAGUUCGCUUUGCACCUUACAGGCCUCCCGAUAUCUCCCUGAAGCCGCUGCUCUUUGAAGUGCCCAGCAUCACUACAGAGUCAGUGUUUGUUGGCCGGGAUUGGGUUUUCCAUGAAAUAGAUGCUCAACUUCAAAGUUCAAAUGCCAGCGUGAACCAAGGAGUAGUGAUCGUGGGGAACAUUGGGUUCGGCAAAACCGCCAUCGUCUCCAGACUGGUGGCCCUCAGCUGCCACGGAACACGGAUGAGACAGAUCGCCUCAGACAGCCCACAUGCCUCCCCGAAACAUAUGGAUGCCAACAGAGAGCUGCCACUCACACAGCCACCUUCAGCCCACUCAUCCAUCACCAGUGGAAGCUGCCCAGGAACUCCAGAAAUGCGGAGGCGGCAGGAGGAGGCCAUGCGGAGACUAGCCUCGCAGGUGGUUGCCUAUCACUAUUGCCAAGCAGAUAAUGCCUACACCUGCCUGGUGCCGGAAUUCGUCCACAAUGUUGCUGCCCUGCUCUGCCGCUCACCGCAGCUGGCGGCCUAUCGGGAGCAGCUUCUCCGGGAGCCUCACCUACAGAGCAUGCUGAGCCUUCGGUCCUGUGUUCAAGAUCCCAUGGCCUCCUUCCGGAGGGGAGUGCUGGAGCCCCUGGAGAAUCUCCACAAAGAGAGAAAAAUCCCAGAUGGAGAUUUCAUCAUCUUAAUUGAUGGAUUAAAUGAAGCAGAAUUUCACAAACCGGAUUAUGGGGAUACAAUUGUAUCAUUUCUGAGUAAAAUGAUUGGAAAAUUUCCUUCCUGGCUGAAACUAAUUGUAACAGUUAGGACCAGUUUACAGGAAAUUACCAAGCUGCUGCCUUUCCAUAGGAUUUUUUUGGAUCGACUAGAAGAGAAUGAAGCCAUAGACCAGGACCUGCAGGCUUACAUCCUGCACCGGAUACACAGCAGCUCAGAGAUCCAGAAUAACAUUUCACUUAAUGGCAAAAUGGACAAUACUACAUUUGGCAAACUCAGUUCUCAUCUCAAGACACUCAGUCAAGGGUCCUAUCUAUACCUGAAACUCACAUUUGACCUCAUAGAGAAAGGCUAUCUAGUGUUAAAGAGCUCUAGCUACAAAGUAGUUCCUGUUUCGCUCUCUGAGGUUUACUUACUCCAGUGCAAUAUGAAGUUCCCAACCCAGUCUUCCUUUGACCGGGUGAUGCCUCUCCUGAAUGUGGCAGUGGCCUCUCUCCACCCACUGACUGAUGAACAUAUCUUCCAAGCCAUCAAUGCUGGCAGCAUUGAAGGCACGCUAGAAUGGGAGGAUUUUCAGCAGAGAAUGGAGAACCUCUCCAUGUUCCUAAUCAAGCGCAGAGACAUGACUCGUAUGUUUGUACAUCCUUCUUUUCGAGAAUGGCUUAUCUGGAGAGAAGAAGGAGAGAAAACCAAAUUUCUCUGUGAUCCCAGGAGUGGUCACACAUUACUUGCCUUCUGGUUUUCCCGCCAAGAGGGAAAACUAAACCGACAGCAGACAAUUGAACUGGGACAUCACAUCCUCAAAGCACACAUUUUUAAGGGUUUGAGUAAAAAAGUUGGAGUAUCAUCCUCCAUCCUCCAAGGUCUCUGGAUCUCCUAUAGCACAGAGGGUCUUUCCAUGGCAUUGGCAUCUUUACGAAAUCUCUAUACUCCAAAUAUAAAGGUCAGCCGACUGCUGAUUUUGGGAGGUGCCAACAUUAAUUACCGGACAGAGGUUUUAAAUAAUGCUCCAAUUCUAUGCGUCCAGUGUCAUCUUGGUUACACAGAAAUGGUGGCCCUACUGUUGGAGUUUGGGGCCAACGUGGAUGCCUCCUCAGAAAGUGGCCUGACUCCUCUGGGCUAUGCUGCAGCCGCAGGCUUCCUAAGCAUUGUCGUGCUGCUGUGCAAGAAACGGGCCAAGGUGGAUCACUUGGAUAAGAAUGGGCAGUGUGCCUUGGUCCACGCUGCACUCCGAGGUCAUCUGGAAGUUGUCAAGUUUUUGAUUCAGUGUGACUGGACAAUGGCGGGCCAGCAGCAAGGGGUGUUUAAGAAGAGCCAUGCCAUCCAGCAGGCCCUCAUCGCUGCAGCCAGCAUGGGUUAUACUGAGAUUGUCUCCUACCUACUUGAUCUUCCAGAAAAAGAUGAGGAAGAGGUGGAACGAGCACAGAUCAACAGCUUUGACAGUCUCUGGGGAGAGACAGCCCUGACAGCUGCAGCCGGAAGGGGCAAACUGGAGGUGUGUCGUCUACUCCUGGAACAGGGGGCAGCAGUGGCCCAGCCAAACCGCCGAGGGGCAGUGCCCUUAUUCAGCACCGUUCGCCAAGGCCACUGGCAGAUUGUUGAUCUUUUACUCACCCACGGAGCUGAUGUCAACAUGGCGGACAAGCAGGGCCGCACUCCCCUGAUGAUGGCAGCCUCCGAAGGCCACCUGGGAACUGUGGACUUUCUCCUUGCUCAAGGUGCCUCCAUUGCACUAAUGGACAAAGAAGGAUUGACAGCCCUCAGCUGGGCUUGUUUGAAGGGUCACCUCUCAGUAGUACGUUCUCUGGUGGAUAAUGGAGCCGCCACAGACCAUGCUGACAAGAAUGGCCGCACCCCACUGGAUCUGGCGGCUUUCUAUGGUGAUGCUGAGGUGGUCCAGUUCCUGGUGGAUCACGGGGCCAUGAUUGAGCACGUUGACUACAGCGGAAUGCGCCCUUUGGACAGGGCAGUGGGGUGCCGGAACACUUCUGUUGUUGUCACUCUUCUGAAGAAAGGAGCCAAGAUAGGUUGUCAGACGUUACCGAGUCGCCCACGAGGUCCAGCCACAUGGGCGAUGGCCACCUCCAAACCAGACAUCAUGAUCAUCCUGCUGAGCAAGCUGAUGGAAGAGGGGGACAUGUUUUAUAAGAAAGGGAAAGUAAAGGAAGCUGCCCAGCGCUACCAGUACGCUCUGAAGAAAUUCCCUAGAGAAGGGUUUGGUGAGGACUUGAAAACCUUCCGGGAACUAAAAGUGUCUCUCCUCCUCAACCUCUCUCGAUGUCGCAGGAAAAUGAACGAUUUUGGAAUGGCGGAGGAAUUUGCUACUAAGGCCCUGGAGCUGAAACCGAAAUCUUAUGAAGCUUACUAUGCAAGAGCAAGGGCAAAACGCAGCAGCAGACAGUUUGCAGCAGCCUUAGAGGACCUGAACGAGGCCAUCAAGCUGUGUCCAAACAACCGUGAGAUCCAGAGGCUUCUGCUGAGAGUGGAGGAGGAGUGUCGGCAGAUGCAGCAGCAGCCGCCGGCGGCACAGCAGCAGCCUCAGCAGCAGUUACCGGAAGAGACAGAACCCGAACCCCAGCAUGAAGAUAUCUACUCCGUGCAGGACAUACUCGAGGAGGAGUUCUUGGAACAGGAUGUUGAGAAUGUGUCCAUCGGCCUCCAGACGGAGGCUCGGCCCAGCCAGGGGCCCCCGAUAAUCCAGAGCCCGCCCCCCUCCCCGGCCCACCGUGAUGCGGCCUACGUCUCCAGCUCGCCUCUCGGCUCUCACCAGGUUUUUGACUUCCGGUCCAGUAGUUCUGUAGGUUCUCCCACUAGGCAGAGCUAUCAGUCCACCUCACCCGCUCUUUCUCCGACUCACCAGAACUCGCAUUACAGGCCUAGUCCCCCGCACACUUCCCCAGCUCAUCAGGGAGGAUCUUACCGCUUCAGCCCCCCUCCUGUGGGAGGGCAGGGCAAGGAAUACCCGAGCCCUCCCCCGUCCCCUCUCCGCAGAGGCCCUCAGUAUCGGGCCAGCCCUCCCGCGGAAAGCAUGAGUGUUUAUAGAUCCCAGUCAGGCUCCCCCGUGCGCUAUCAGCAAGAAACAAAUGUUAGUCAGCUUCCUGGCAGACCGAAAUCUCCAUUAUCCAAGAUGGCCCAGCGGCCCUACCAGAUGCCCCAACUUCCCGUGGCAGUGCCCCAGCAAGGGCUCAGGCUCCAGCCGGCCAAAGCGCAGAUCGUGAGAAGCAACCAGCCUAGCUCAGCAGUUCAUUCGAGCACUGUCAUCUCCACAGGGGCCUAUGGCCAAGUGGCCCAUUCGAUGGCUGGUAAAUACCAGUCUUCACAAGGAGACAUAGGAGUAAGUCAGAGCAGGUUGGUUUAUCAAGGGUCAAUCGGGGGGAUUGUAGGGGAUGGGAGACCCGUGCAGCAUGUGCAGGCCAGCCUGAGUGCAGGCGCCAUCUGUCAGCACGGAGGGUUGACCAAAGAAGACCUUCCCCAGCGACCUUCCUCCGCCUAUCGAGGUGGCAUGAGAUACAGCCAGACACCACAGAUUGGGCGUAGCCAGUCCGCAUCCUAUUACCCAGUCUGUCACUCAAAACUAGACCUGGAGCGUUCCUCCAGCCAACUAGGUUCCCCCGAUGUGUCACAUUUAAUCAGAAGACCUAUUAGUGUCAACCCUAAUGAAAUCAAACCCCACCCACCAACUCCCAGGCCAUUGCUGCACUCCCAAAGCGUAGGCCUUCGUUUCUCUCCAUCUAGCAAUAGUAUCUCAUCCGCCUCCAACCUAACUCCUACCUUCCGGCCAUCUUCCUCGAUUCAACAAAUGGAGAUCCCACUGAAACCGGCAUACGAUAGGUCAUGUGACGAGCUGUCGCCAGUGUCUCCCACUCAGGGAGGUUACCCUAGUGAGCCCACCCGAUCCAGGACCACACCAUUCAUGGGGAUCAUAGAUAAAACAGCCCGGACUCAACAGUACCCCCACCUUCACCAGCAGAAUCGGACCUGGGCAGUGUCAUCAGUGGAUACCGUUCUCAGUCCUACAUCUCCAGGCAACCUGCCUCAGCCUGAGUCCUUCAGCCCACCGUCAUCCAUCAGCAACAUUGCCUUUUAUAACAAAACCAACAAUGCACAGAACGGCCACUUGCUGGAGGACGAUUACUACAGCCCCCACGGGAUGCUGGCUAACCGGUCGCGCGGAGACCUGCUGGAGAGAGUUAGCCAGGCCUCCUCGUACCCCGACGUGAAGGUAGCUCGGACCCUCCCUGUGGCUCAGGCGUACCAGGACAACCUGCACAGGCAGCUGUCCCGGGACUCUCGACACGGGCAGACGUCCCCUAUCAAACCAAAGAGACCAUUUGUGGAGUCUAAUGUUUAAAAGACGUGUGUUGGAGUGAGACCCCUAUGUGUUCACUGCACAUUUUCAGGCUUGGUUUCCACAUUCGAGGUAGUUCUCUGGCUUAAUUUCUCAUGUAGUUUCCGUGUGGUGUUCAGAGGUGGCAGCCCACAUGCCGAAAUCCUUUGCAUGCAGCCAACUGGGAAGCUGGCCUCCGGGGAGCCAGGACUUGGGUUUCUUUUGUCUGUACCCUAGCCACACGCUCUCUCCCUCUCUUCAGAUGCCAACGAGGAGAUUGUUGUGCCGUGUGCUUUAACCCAGGGAGAUCAGACACACUGGUCAGCUUUUUCCAGGAGACAAUCGCUUUCACUGAUGUUCUUGUUGUGUAAAACGUCUUUCUCCUUUUUUUACAAAAAUAAGAUGUUCUCGUUCGUUUUCUUCUAGGAACUUUAGAAAGAGUGUGAUGCCCCUUUGCCUUUGCAUUCUUAUCCAGUGUUAUCCAAAUAGCAGCCCCAGUGCAUUCUUGUGCCAUGGUCUCCUCCCCUGGACCGCCAGCUCCCUGCAGCCAUCCGGUCUAGAAUGUUCGUUUAGAUUAUCGCUGGUCUUCCUCUGGGGGUAAAGGAUCAAGGAGAAAGAGAAGAAAUAAGAAAGCACCAAUGCAGUUAUUUGAAAUGUCACUACAUGGAUUUCCCAAGAGGCAUUUUAGGAACAUUGAGAAAACAACCAGCCCUUUAAAUAUUCCAGUCAGCCGAGGAAAUUGGAUGAGAAUCAUGCAUACUUUUAAAUAAUUCACUGAGUUAUUCUUUACGUUUUUAGCCAAAUUAACCAUUAAAAGCUACCGAUUUUCCAUGGGUGGGGGAGAGAAUAAAUAAAUACAUAGAGAGACUGUUCUGGAUUCUCAGUGAAAGGCUGUAGAAAAUCUGUCUUGGAGAAAUCUACUUCUUGGGUUCUGAUACGUCACUGAGCAUCGUAUUCCUCAAAAAGCAUUCUCUUCCCGGAGGUUGCCUGGUGUAGUAAUCCUGUUAAGUUGGAUCUUUGCCUAGAGCCAGAUUUUGUUCUACUGGCCCUCUUUUUGUUUUUUUUUUAAACCCAGAUGGUAUAGUGAAGAAUUGGUUUUGGGGGAAGGAAGUUGAAUUCUCUGGGGACGGUGAGACUUAUUCCCAGAGCUUGCACCCAGGGCCAUUGCAUUCCAUGGCAAAUGUUGUCUAACUCCAUUUCAAGGUCUAUUGUUUCAUUAUCUAUUAUUACAGGAAUUGUUUACUCUUUUCUUUUUCUAGGUAGGAGUGUUUGGGGAUUGAUAUUUAAAAGCCAGGCACAGCGAAGUGUUUCCGGGUGAAGAAAGACCCCUUUCAGCCCUGGGUAGGAGCACAUAAGGUAGACAGCAAGUCUUCUGAUCCAGUCACCCUCCAGACAUCUCCUGUGUCUGGUGGCCCUUUGCUAACCGGUCCUUUGAGUGACUGAGGCCAGCAUGAGAGGGACGGCAAGAACACUGAAAUCGAAGCCUUAGCACAGGCCUGGUAGCGACUGCACAUCAGCUCUUAAAGUUAACAAACUAAACAACUAAAAGUAAACAAAAGAGAAUUCGGUCACUGUUACCAGGAAUCAUUCUGCUCUUGUUAGUAAAGGGCUACAGGAAGGGAGGUUUCCUGAGUAAAAAUCCAGAUGUGACCAGACCUGUUUGUGAUAGUAAGUGUCCUCUGAAAGAAUCGUUAAGACAUGGGGAGCAUGAAGCUGAAAUCAGAAACACUUCUUUACUAACUUAGAUUCUGCCAAACAGAUGAACCCCUCCACCCCCAAGCCUGGAACAGGCCAGGAUGUGUGUCCUGUGCUAGAAGUCAACAGCAAGGCUAACUCAAGACCCAGCCUCUGUCCACUCUCUCUGAUGCUUAAGGACUAUCUCCCACUCACCUAGCCCAGAGUGGACAUCAGUGUGUCUCUCUUUCUCUCAAGAAGGUGAAAUGUACAGCUAUAGCAUCAGCCUACAGCCAGGAGCCCAGCAGCCUCUCAGCUUUUUUGGUCCAGAUCUCAGCCCUGCUGGGCUCUUUGCAUCUUACCCUUUUUAACUACUACUCACUGAGGAGCUGCUGCUACUUUUUGAAAAUUUCUCAGUGUUUAUUAGAAAAGUGCCCCUUGUUUAUUUGGAACACCACACGUACCACCUGCACUCACGUGAGUGGGCAAGCAGGUGCUGUAGUUUUACAAAUACACCACUGAUGCCACUUCUCCUGAGCGUGUCUCUUAGAAUUUUCUAGGACAGACAGAUUUAGGGUCCAUGCCUUACUGGACAAAACACUAAACUGUCAACAGUCAAGAUGCAGUUCUUUUUUAGCCAUCGUAAGAGGGAGUGAAUAUCACUACUGGGCGCCCGUUGUUUUUGACUAAAAAUUGCCAACUGGACCUUAUUGGAGCAGGAGACAAAGCUCUUCCUUGUAAGCAGACUGCCUGUGCCCUGUUUUGCUACUUCACUGCCACGGGACGAUCUCAGUGCUGUACCUUAGAGAUGCCUCCUCCCCAGGCAGCACUUGCUCAGUCAAUGUCUGGCUUCAGGUGGGGGGGGGGGGAAUUUUUCACAUGAAACCGGUAAGUUCCACUCAGCCAAUUCACAUCACCCUGAAAUGGAGACAGUGGUGACAGACUUCAGCUUAUAGGUUUCUCACCAAAUCCUACCUUCCGUUCACCCAGAAUUCUUGCACUAAUGGGUUUCCAUCACAUCAUGUCUUUAAAUGGGUGCACUUUAUUGUUUGAAUUUGUAACUGAUAAAUACUGGAUAUUUAAGUGUGAGUAAUGUCUUCAUUAGAAAAUAGCAAAACCGCCCUUGUCUUUUAGUGUAUUUUUCAAGGGAAAAAAAAAAAGGAAAGAAA